CUCUCUCUCUCUCUCUCUCUCUCUCUCUCUCUCUCUCUCUCUCUCUCUCCUCUCCCUCUACUUUCUAACAUGUUCUCUUUCGAGCACGAUUCUUUUGCACACUCGAUCGGUUUCUUUCUCGUCAUGGAAACGAUCGACGGUGCUCUUCGAAGGUUUUAAAGAGGAAGCAUGUGUAUAGGAAAAGUUUUCAAGACGCGUCAAUAAAGAUAAGAGAAAUGUCUCAUGUAUGAAUAUUUGUUGUGCGAUACGACAUAACUGAUAGUUAUAGUUUACGCAACAAAAAGGCGAGACUGAACGGACGAGUUUCAUUAACGGGACAUUAUCUUUACUCUCGUCGUACUACGAUUGAGAGCUUUGGAGGGAGAAACAGAGAAAAGACAGACAAAGAGAGGGGGGAGUGAUAGCGUAUUACGACUUUGCAGUAGUAUUACGAAAAGAUGCAAUCUUCGGGUGAACGAUACGACCUUUUAUUACGGAAAUCACCUCGACUAUCUUUCCAAGACUCCUUUGGUCAUAUAUUAUUUUCAUGAUACGUUUUAUCGUUUUCAUUCUUCGACCUGUCAGUAGCAUUGAGUCAUGCCAACCACGUGUUUACCCGAUAUACCAGACAUUCCUGAAAACAUUAAGAACUUACAAGCAUUACAAAUUGCAGAUUUUAGUAGUAACCCUAUUCCUAGACUUCCCGCAGGGUUUGUAGAGCUAAGAAAUUUAACUAUUCUUGGCCUGAAUGAUAUGUCCCUUGCAAAAUUACCACCUGAUUUUGGAAGCUUGGAAGCAUUACAAUCAUUGGAGUUACGUGAAAAUUUACUCAAGGUUUUGCCUGAAUCUCUUUCGAAACUGAGUAAACUUGAACGACUAGACCUUGGUGAUAAUGAACUUGAAGAAUUACCAGCCCACAUAGGAAAAUUACCAGCAUUACAAGAACUAUGGCUGGAUCACAACCAAUUACAGCACUUACCUCCUGAAAUUGGUGAACUAAAAACAUUGGCGUGUUUAGAUGUUUCUGAAAACCGUUUAGAGGAUCUUCCUGAAGAAAUAAGUGGUUUAGAAUCUUUAACAGAUUUACAUUUAUCACAAAAUGUUAUUGAAAAGUUACCAGAUGGAAUUGGUGAUCUGAAAAAGUUAACUAUUCUGAAAGUUGAUCAAAAUAGGCUAUCUACGCUUAAUCCAAAUAUAGGAAGAUGCGAGAAUUUGCAAGAAUUAAUUCUGACAGAAAAUUUUCUUUUAGAAUUACCUGCAUCUGUAGGAAAUCUUCUUAAUUUAAAUAAUCUGAAUGUGGAUAGAAACAGUCUACAAACUUUGCCCACAGAAAUUGGAAAUUUAAAACAAUUAGGUGUGCUUUCUUUAAGAAAUAACAAAUUGAAGUUCCUUCCAAUAGAAGUCGGCCAGUGUUUAUCUCUACAUGUUCUGGAUGUAUCUGGAAACAGGUUACAAUACUUGCCAUAUUCUUUAAUAACUCUCAACCUAAAAGCAGUCUGGUUGAGUGAAAAUCAAGCACAACCUAUGUUAACCUUCCAAAAUGAUGUUGAUGAAGAAACUGGAGAAAAAGUACUUACAUGUUUUCUUCUGCCCCAAUUGGAGUAUCAUCCUGAUGAUUCUGGAAGAUUAGGUACGUUGGUUGGAAUAAGAACUACUGUUCAAGGAGACAUACCUGAGCUUAGUGAUGAUGAAGGAUGGCAGGAACGGGAAGCAUCUAGAACACAUUCGGUAAAAUUCACAGAUGAACCACCUGAAGCAGAUAAGGAGACACCAUUUGUUCGACAAAAUACACCACAUCCGAAAGAACUAAAAGCAAAGGCUCAUAAAUUGUUUAGUAAAGGAAGAAAUGACAGUAGAUCUGGUUCUACUGAUGAACAGGAUGUUUCCCAAACAUUUGGUUUAGAUAAAACUGAAUCAGAAACAUCAAUCAAACCCAAUGAAGAAGUACAAAAUAUAAUAGAACAAGAUCAAUUUUCAGAACAUGAAGUUUCUAGAGGCGAACAAAAAGAAUUGGAAACAUUACCUGAUAGUACAGAUACUCAAACUAACAAUGAAACUGCUGCCUUUUCUUCACAGGGUGCUACAGAACCAACUGUUAAUACAGGUUCUGAUGGAACUAUAUCAGAUUUAAAAGGUAAGGAUGAUGAUGAAUCUGAAACUGAAGAUAUGCAAAGGCAUGUCGAGUUUUCUGUUAUAGAAGACACAGAUUAUGAAGGAUCUGGUGAAACAAGUAAACCAAAUAGACUUCAUCGUCGGGACACACCACAUCAUUUAAAAAAUAAACGUAUUCAUACAGCAAUUGACAAAGAAAAAGUAGCUUCACUUAUUGCACAGGCAUUAAUGAAAAAAUCUGAUGAGACUCCUACAACUAUUGUUCCUGAACAAGCAGAAUCCUCAGAAAAUAUAGAUGUACAUAGCCAAGGUGCAACAUCGGAUGUAGAACCAACGUUAGAAGUAAGGGAAGAACAAUAUGAGAUUCAUAUUGAACGAACGACAGGUGGACUUGGUUUGUCUAUAGCAGGAGGGAUUGGAUCAACCCCAUUUAAGGGUGACGAUGAAGGCAUUUUCAUAUCCAGAGUUACAGAAGGUGGACCUGCUGAUUUAGCUGGUCUAAGAGUAGGGGAUAAAGUAAUAUCUGUUAAUGGAGUUUCAGUAGUAAAUGUAGAUCAUUAUGAUGCCGUUGAAGUUCUCAAAGCGUGUGGACGUGUAUUGAUACUAGUUGUAUUAAGAGAAGUAACAAGAAUAGUGCAAUCGUAUGAGCAGAAUUCAAUGAGAAAGGACUCAUUGUGCUCUAGUUUGAGCACAAGUAGAGCACCAAGCGCAACAUCUUAUGUAUCAUCUACAGCUUUAUCACAUAAUUUAGAAAAUGGUGAUACUUGUAAUACACUUGAAGCUGGGAAGGUAAAGAGGCUUCCUGAACCAUUACCUACAAAAGUAGGUAGUGAACCUAUGGUGUCUGUUCUUAUACAUACAACAUUAAUACGGGACCAAAAUGGACUAGGAUUUAGUAUUGCCGGUGGUGAAGGUUCACCACCAGUUAAAGACAAUAGUGAUGCUAUAUAUAUUUCGAGGAUAACUGAUGGUGGAGUUGCACAAAAAGAUGGCAAGUUAUUAGUUGGAGAUAAAGUAAUAUCUAUUAAUGGUGUUGAAAUGAGAGGAGCCAAACAUGAACAAGCAGUAGCUUUACUUACGGGCUUAGAAAGAUUUGUUCGACUCGUUGUUGAACGUGAAAUGCCACUUUCUCAAGCAAAUCCAGCUACAAUAGUAACUCCAUCUGAGAAAUCGCCUCGCGUUAUUGGUGCACCUAGACCAUAUACAGGUUUAUAUAAUGCUAAUAGCUAUAUGGCAAAUAGACCAGCUUACGCUGGUUAUCGUCGUUCUAUGGAUGCUGAGAAAACUUUAUCUCCAAGUCCUACUUCAAAAACACCACCACCAAUAAAAUCAGACAUGGUGAAUGCAGCACCAAAAAUGAAUGGCAUUGGUGAUCCAGGAAAUAACGUUAAAAGCGUUCCUUCUAUGCCGCUUAGUCCAACAAAUAGUCAAAUUUAUCCACAACCUGCUCCAAGACACAGUGUAACGCAGUCAACGGCAGCACCAACUACUAAUACUAAUUCUACACCUACGUCUUCAACGGAACCUAGACCAACAUCCCCGUUGGAAGAUAUACAGGUACCGAAGCCAAUCACCAACGAGGAAUUUCAGGCCAUGAUUCCUGCCCAUUUCCUUCGACCUCCAACAUCCUCACCUUCGCCAGAUUCCCAUCAAGGUCCUAUUGUGACAGUGACAAUCAAGCAACCUGACAAUCUACCCGGAGAUGUUAACUUUCCUCCAGCUCCUACGACAAUUGGUAAAGUUACUGAAACCAUCACAAAGAGUACACUCACAGAGACCGUCGUUACUAGAGUGACUGAUAAUCAACUGGUGCAGCCAGUUAUUAUUGAGGAUGUCGUGUUGGUGAAAGAAGGAUCACUUGGAUUCAGUAUAAUAGGAGGAACUGAUCAUUCCUGUACUCCAUUUGGUGCAAAGGAACCUGGAAUUUUUAUAUCUCACGUUGUACCUGGUGGUAUAGCAGCAAAAUCUGGUAAGCUUAGAAUGGGUGAUAGAAUACUGAAGGUAAACGGGACUGAUGUAACAAAAGCAACUCAUCAGGAAGCUGUAAUGGAACUUUUACGACCUGGAGAUCAAAUUGUACUUACUGUACAGCAUGAUCCUCUUCCAGAAAGUUAUCAGCUGGUCGAAAUAGAGUACAUCCCUGUGACAGAAUUAGUAAUUAUAAAAGAACCAGGAGAAAAGUUGGGAAUGCAUAUUAAAGGAGGACUUAGAGGUCAAAAAGGCAACCCCCUUGAUCAUACAGAUGAAGGAGUUUUUAUAUCUAAAAUUAAUUCAGGUGGAGCAGCUAAAAGAGAUGGAAGAUUAAAGGUCGGCAUGAGGUUACUAGAAGUAAAUGGAACAUCGUUAUUGGGUGCAACUCAUCAAGAAGCUGUAAACAUUCUCCGGUGCUCAGGAAAUACAAUCACUUUGGUGGUUUGUAAAGGUUAUGACAAAAAUGAAGUUGAGUCAGUAUUACCUUUAUCUGAUGGCAGAGAUUCUAAAGAAUCAAGAGUUUCACGAGAGUUUAAAGAUCCACCUACAGAUGACAUCAAAUCAUUAUCGCAAAGUAUAUCUAGCUUAGAUCGUGAUGAUGAAGAAGCUGCAACACUUAGACAAGAACAGGAAAUGAAAGCCGAGCUUGUAGCAUGGGAACAAGAAGAGAGGGAGCGAGCUUUAAUUGAACAAAGGGAAAAAUCUACUCCUGAGAAAGUUCUAGAUGUAGUGAGAGCAGCAGAAUCUCUAGUACAUAAAUCAAAUAGUCCAGUUGAUAUGGUCGUACCACCGAAGUCCCCAAGUGGUACAAAGGAUCUCAAGACUACCACGAUCGUGAUGAGUAAACAUACAUUAGCUCCACAGAAUCCAACAUGGAAAGAAAAAAUUGGAGCAUCAAUGGAUUGUUCUUCAACAAAAUCUCCGGUCUCUACUCUUACUACAACUGCAAAUUUCAAUCGUUCUGCUUCUACCCAAACAUUACCUUCCCCAAAAAAGAAGAAUUUUACAGUACCUAAACGUAGCAUUACAUUUGCUGAUCUUCCACCAGUUUCUAAAGAAAGCACGGUUGGUGUUCCCUUUUCGCCCACUGUAAGAUUUAAAUCAAUAUCCAAAGAAUUAUUCCCAUCCAUGCAUGAAACUUUUCUUACACAAUCUCAAAUAUCUUCCUAUCCAAAAAAAACUUAUCAAAACCCAGUACAAAAUACACAACCACGUUUUCAACUUCCUCCUACACCUAUGACUGCUCCUGAAUAUGUGGGGAAAUUAAAUUCUUCAACUUGCUUUAACAAACGACAGAUAGCACGCUCUGUUGAUGGAAAGGUUCAGGUUGAGCUUUCACCAACAUCAUCUCCAUCACCGUCACCAGUAAAAAUGUCAGUCAGUGAUAAGAAGAAAUUGUUUGAAAGUGCCAUGGAAGAACAUCUUAAACCUUCUCCUAAACCAGAAAAAGUAUUUAGCUUUUUAAGUCAAGAUGAAGUUGAAAAGAUGAAACAAGAAGAAGAAAAAAAAAUUGCAACGUUAACAAGAGAUGAAUUAAAAUCAUGGGCCCAACUGGAUGAAAAUGAAGGCCUUGAAGAUUUGGAAGAUACAAUAGAUCAGGAUGACAGGCGCCCUAAUAGCAGACUGAGUUCGCGAAGUUCGGUCACUCUUCUGCAGAAUGUUCCGAGCACAGUGAGGACAGCAAAGGCAGAACGUCGAUUGAAGGAGAGAAUGAUACAAGAGGGCUUGAUUUCUGAUGAAGAUGAAGAAAGUUAUUUGACUCCUGCUGAACAACGAGCUCUACGAGCAGAAAAACGUGCUGCAUGGCGGCAAGCUCGUUUAAAAUCACUUGAACAGGAUGCCCUUCAGGCUCAAAUAGUUAUUAAAAAAAUGAGCGAAAUGAUGGACACAACGGAUAAGGCAGAAACAUUGGAGGAUAGGACAGAUGCGGAUCAUAUUUCUGAUCAAGAAAAGAUUACUGAAUUCACUACGUUACGGCCAUCUAGCGCAGAUUUUCCUAAACUUGCUGUCCGCAGCAAAGUGGGUCCUCCUAAAGAAAUACGUGAAUCUGAAAAAAUAGUGGACGAGAAGGUCACUCGCCGUACUGAGGAAUAUGUGGAUGAAGUGACAGGUGAACGUCGUGUACGAACAGUCGAAUACGUCGAGAAGCUAAUUGAGCGACAGGUUGAAACUUUGAGAGAAAAAAUUAUAUCAUUGGAAUUAAGUAAUGCUGAAGAUGAAAUAGAAAGUAUAACUGGCACUGGAGCAAGUGAUGCUGAAAGUGAAAAUGAAGAACUUGCAAGCCAGCGUUCUGGUACAGAUAUGCUUCAAGAAAAAGCUGAUUCUCUUACUUCAGCAAGUGUAACUGAAGGUGCUGCAUCUAAACAAAACACAAAUAUUAUUGUUACUAUGACGAAGAAAAAAAAACGAAAACAAGGUCGAAAAAAAAAUCGACAUUGAAAAAAAAAUAGUAGGCUAAAUUAUUAAUAUUAAACUUUUACAAAGUUUGUUUAAAAAAAGACAAAACAGUUAUCAUUGUACUAUAAUAUUGUUUUUCAAGUAUUUCAUAUACACAAUUUUUUAAUCUCAUACAAUUAGAUCAUAUAUAUAAUCCAACGAUUCCUGACUUAUUAACGUAUAAUUUUUCAUAUCCAUAAUAAAUUCAUAAUUUAUAACAAUAAAUUUAUAACAACUUCAAUGUGAUUGCAUAACUUAAUUCAAUUCAAUUUUAUUAUUUUUCUUAUUUUUGUAGCUAAUGCAAUUAUUGUAAUUCUAAUUACUUUUAAGCUCAGGAAUCGCUGGUAUAAUUUACCAUGCGAUUUAUUUUAUGGCGCCUUUAACAUAUUUUUUAUUCUAAUAAUAUGCAAUAUUUGUGCACGAUUGAGAAAUUUCGUGUAAUAUCUCAAUGUAAUCUUAUCUUUAUAUAUAUAUAUAUAUAUAUUUUAAUCAUAUAUAAUUAAAUGCCAUUACAAUUAUAUUUAUUGAUACGUAUCGUCUAAACGUAUCAUUGUUAAUAUAAAAUGCCAAGAAUUUACAAAAAUAAGUUAAUAUAAUUCAUUAGGUGCAUCGAUCAUACGCAAACGUAUUUUCAUUGUUAAUAAAUUAUAUUCAUAUGAUCCAAAAAAGGAAAUUUUUGCUACUUUUUUAUACAACUAUUAAUUAUAAUUACAUACUUAUAUGUAAACAAAUGAUUAGCAAUCUAGAUUUUUAAAAUCUGGUGCAUUUUUAUAGAAGGUACUUUGUAUACAAUAUACAUAAAUCAAUGAGAAUAUGUGCAUAUAUUAUUAAUAACAUUGAUUUACAGUUCAUUAUUCUGAUUUAUAGGAAUAAAGACCUAUAUUGAAAUUUAAUAAUAUUUAAAAAAAAUAAAUACAUAUAUAGAUAUACAAAAGAAACCAAAUUAAAGUUUGCAACUAGUAUUUCAAAUAUAUUAAUAUUAUUUUGAUUUAAAAAAAUAAUAUUAUUAAUUCAAUUAAAAUUAUUCUUUAUAUUUAUAAAUUUAAUACAUUCCAUUGUCAAAUGUGCUGAAGAUCAAUGCAAUAUGAUAAAAUACUGACUAAUGUACUGCUAUUAACUAUACUUUAUUUUUGAUACAAAAUUCAUAUUCUAAAUUUGCAGGUCCACAUAGUUUAAACGUAACUACACAUUUUCUUAUACUUAUUUAUUUGAUAAUAUAUUUUAGUAAUUACAAUAAUUUCGUAUCAAUGGUAUUUAUUUACAGUCAUUAGAUAGGUAUAUAACAAACUUCUCAAUUUUGCACAUUUCAUAUGCUUGAAUAAUGUUCAAGCUUAUUAUACGUAAUAAAAUAAAAAUGGUUAAAAAAAGAUUAUAAAUCACAUAUCACAUAAUGUGAUUUAUAUAAAAUAUUUUAUUUAUUUAAAUGUAAUAUAAGUAGAUUAUA